GGUCAGCCCUUAGUUUUAUAUGGGACCUAGCACUCCGACUUGAUUUUCUUUCAUGUUUAAGGUCCAAGGAUACAGCUUGAUAAAUACAUCAAGCUAGAUUUUAUUGUGCACUUUUUGGAUAGCAUAUUAAGUGCUGCUUCCCAAGUUAGCUUUAGAUUCUAGAUUUCCUAGAUCUAGACCACAGGCUGACUGAUUUUUGCACCCAACAGCAACACAGGAGAAUUUCAUAGGGAAGCCCCCUCUCUAUAUCCAACAUGGACAUCUUUUUCCGUCGCCACUUUAAGAGGAAGGAGGCCGGUCUGCAGGUCCAUGAAGAGGCCAAGAACUGCCGCCAGCGGAGGCCCAGUGUGGCCGUCCCGACGAGCAAAGCUCGCCGGAGGUCCAGCGUUGGACUGCCUUCCUCCAGCCUGACACAACGCCGACGUUCCAGUGUCCAAAUGCAGGGAGGCUUGCCGUUUGCUGGGGGACGUUGUGCAGGUGGCGGGCGGCUGGCAAAGACAGUCAGUCAUACGAAGUGGACGGGGCAUGUCCGCAGGCGCUCCAGCACCACCACUCCCAGCCUCAACCCAAGAUUUGCUGUGCACCGGAGGAAGGUGGGGAAGCUACGAACAAUCGAUACCCACCUGCUGGGGCCAUCCAUGCUGCUGGCCAGCCUGAUACAGAUGACUGAGGAAGAGGAGGAGGGGCUGGGGGCGGGGCUACCAACUGGAGAACAGCAGGUGGAGGUUAGGGGUGGGGCCAGCGACAGAAGAAUUCUCUCGCACUCCAGCAGCUUCAAUUCAGAUGGAGAUGAUGGAAUCAGUGAUUAUUUCACUCCUAAUGACAGCCAGUCAGAAACCAGCCAGCUGUCUGAGGCUGAGCAUCUAGCUGAGGAGGACAAUGAUACUUCCUGGGGUUCUGGUCAGCACCGUGCCUUAUCCCCUUCCUCCUCCUCCUCCCCAUCCUGCUCAGUUUUGGAUACACUGACCAAGACUCCCCACCUGCCGUCGACUUGGCGGCCUCUCCUGCGGGCUCCUCGCUGCCUGAGGAGGAACUCCUCUCGCAUUUUGUCAGGAGAUUCUGCUCCCUAUAGCCGUUAUCGCACCUCCGGCCAGAUGAGGAAGAGAAAGAUCUCCAGCAUCUCCAAGGCUGGAAGCCCCUGGCCAGGACGAGGACUUCCAUUGCCCAAUUGUAGGAGUUCUGUCCACUACCUAAACCACCCAGCCUUCCUCAGGGGCCCCGGGUCCCUCAGUCCACUUGGGGCCCACCAGUAUGACCCCCACCUGGAGAGCUGGAGCGGCUUCCUGCUGAAAGCCCUUUCUAAGUCUGGUCUUCAGCAUGUGGCAGCGCAGCCCGGCGCCUCGACACCCAGCCGGACAGACCCACUGGUGGAGCCCAGCGGUACCAUCGACUGGACUGACAACGCCCAGUUUGGCGACCACAUCUGGUUUGAGACCAGUGGAUCUGGAGACUUCUGUUACGUUGGAGAGCAGUACUGCAUCGCUAAGACACUGCAAAAAUCAGUGGCAAGGCGGAAGUGUGCUGGAUGCAAGAUAUCGGUUCACACCAUGUGUAUGGAGCAGCUGGAGAAGAUUAAUUUCAGGUGCAAGCCAUCCUUUAGGGAACCAGGAUCUCGAGCUGUUCGAGAGUCCAACGUUGUGAGACACCACUGGGUCCACAGGAGGCGUCAGACAGGGAAGUGUCGACAGUGUGGGAAGGGAUUCCAACAGAAGUUUUCAUUCCACAGCAAAGAGAUUGUUGCCAUUAGCUGCUCCUGGUGCAAACAGGCAUAUCACAACAAGGUGACAUGCUUCAUGCUGCAGCAGAUAGAGGAGUGUUGCUCUCUGGGAGCUCAUGCUGCCGUCAUCGUCCCUCCCACCUGGAUCAUCAGGGUCCGCAGGCUGCAGUCAUCUCUAAAAUCCAGCAAAAAGAAGAAAAGGACGUCACUAAAAUGCAGCAAGUCCAGCAAGAAGGGAACAGAGAUCCAAGAUGGCCGCUGGAAGCCCUUCCUGGUUAAGCCCCUCCCCUCCCAGCUCAUGAAGCCUCUUCUGGUGUUUGUUAACCCAAAGAGCGGUGGAAACCAGGGAGCCAAGAUUAUCCAGUCAUUCAUGUGGUACCUGAACCCUCGCCAAGUGUUUGACCUGACAAAAGGCGGCCCUAGGGAGGGGUUGGAGCUGUAUGCCAAAGUACCCAACCUCAGGAUCCUGGCUUGUGGUGGAGAUGGAACAGUAGGUUGGGUGUUAUCGGUGUUGGACCAGCUGAAGCUCCGCCCCCAGCCUCCUGUGGCCAUCCUUCCUCUGGGCACCGGCAACGAUCUGGCAAGGACUCUCAACUGGGGAGGGGGUUACACCGAUGAGCCGGUGACAAAGAUCUUGUCACACGUGGAGGACGGGAACAUUGUCCAGCUGGACCGCUGGAACCUGCAGGUGGAACCAAACCCCGAGGCCCGGCCAGAGGAGAGGGAUGAGCAUCAGACCGAUAAGCUUCCUAUUGAUGUCUUCAACAACUACUUCAGCCUGGGCUUCGAUGCACAUGUUACACUAGGCUUCCAUGAAUCUAGAGAGGCCAAUCCAGAGAAGUUUAACAGCCGCUUUCGGAAUAAGAUGUUCUAUGCAGGGACAGCCUUCUCUGACUUCCUCAGUGGGAGUUCUAAAGACCUCGCCAAGCACAUUAAAGUUGUGUGUGAUGGGACAGACCUGACGGCCAAAGUCCAGGAAAUGAAGUUACAGUGUUUGCUUUUCCUCAACAUCCCCAGGUACUGUGCUGGCACCAUGCCAUGGGGUCACCCCAGUGAGCAUCACGACUUUGAACCACAGCGCCACGAUGACGGCUGCAUCGAAGUCAUCGGCUUCACCAUGACCUCUCUGGCUACACUGCAGGUUGGCGGCCAUGGUGAGCGACUCCACCAGUGUAAAGAAGUGACCCUGACCACCUACAAGUCCAUUCCCAUGCAGGUGGAUGGUGAACCCUGCAAGCUGGCACCAUCGAUCAUCCACAUCAGCCUGAGGAACCAGGCCAACAUGGUACAGAAGGCAAAGAGAAGGAUCUCCAUGCCCCAUCUUAACGAUCAGCAGCCAGUUCCUGAGAAGCUGCAGAUCCGAGUGAACAGGAUCAGCAUGGCGGCAUAUGAGGCUCUGCAUUAUGACAAGGACCAGCUGAAGGAGGCCUCAACACCCCUGGGAGUCAUCAUUGUCCCUGGCGACAGUGACCUGGAGACCUGUCGCUCACACAUAGAGCGUCUUCAAGACAACCUGGACCAGGUAGACACAGCCACAGGCCAGGACCAAGAUGCAAUGAAAGCAGAGUGUCUGUCCUCACAAAAGCUUUCCCCGAAAUGGUGUUUCCUUGACUGCACAACUGCAGAUCGCUUCUACAGGAUAGACCGUGCCCAGGAGCACCUGAACUAUGUGACGGAGAUAUCCCAGGAGGAGCUGUACAUCCUAGACCCAGAACUGGUGCUGAAGGAGACGGUGGGCACCUCCCCUGGGAUGCCGGACCUGGUGGACUCCUAUGGCGAGGAGUGCCAGGACCAUCAGCGUCAGUUUGCUUUCCCCUGCUCUCCAUCCUCCCCUUCGUCCUCAACCACGCCAAGGGUGAGAGACUGCCAGAGGAAGAGGAUUUCCAGUGACAGCUCAGUAGCUGAGGCUCUGGCCCAGAGUUCCUCUAAGACUACCCUCUGCAGGAGAGGGGCAAAGAUUCUCAAUGUCCAUCGCUCCAACACAACGCUUGCUGAUUUCAGACCCAUGCUUAGUUCCACCAGUGCUACCUCAUCUGACACCGAAAAAGAGUUAGAGCUGAUCAAUUGCGUCAAGACCGAAGAUCUGGACAGACUGAUGGAGCUCCACCAGCAGGGGGCAGACAUCCUGCUGCAGGACAGUCGAGGCUGCACACUGCUGCACCACGCUGUGGAGGCAGGCAGCAAGGACAUUGUCAAGUACCUCAUAGGCAAUGUGCCCACAUCUCACCUGGAUAUAACGGAAAAAGAGACAGGUGAGACGGCGCUCCAUAAAGCAGCCACCUCCUGCCAGAGGACUAUCUGUCACAUCCUGGUGGAGGCUGGAGCGUCGCUCAUGAAGACAGACCUGCAGGGUGAGACGCCCAAACAGCGCGCCGAGAAGGCCGAGGACCAGGAGCUGGCUGAGUAUCUGGAGAACCGCCAACAUUACCAGAUGAUCCAGAGAGAAGACCAGGAGACGGCCGUGUGACCACGAUCCUGUCCGUCUACAUUUGUCUGUCUGUCUGUCUGUCUCUACAUGGCUCUCUCGAUUCAUUUAACCCCCCUGCCCCCCCAACAAACAAACAUCUGCCAUGUGCUCUCCUACUAAGAGAAAUAGCCAAGGUCCAAGAAGAAAAGUCCCUUUGUAAUGUCCCAGAGCAAGCCGGUGCCGCCCGGUUCUGAAACUGUACAGCAACAAAUUAGCUAGUGCUUGUAGCCGGGGGGGGAAACGGCAGGUAGACGAGACGUGAUGGAAGUUGUUAGACAGCUAGAAAGACUCGAGGACGCUCUGCUUAUUUCCCAGUGGAAGACAGACGAGGAUUUGUAGAGACGACGAGAGUUUGUAGAGAGAAACAAAGGUUUGUGGAGGCAGUGUGGGGUUGUUGGUGCCUGAAAAUGCCACUAUCUUCUGGUUGGGUUCAAGCUAUGGAAGCCACAGCGAGCCACUGGACACUAAAGUGAGUCAAACUACGUUUCUUGCAGGCCGUGAAGGAUUCUCUGAUCUUUGCUGACCGUGUUUUCAGUGUGGCUGUUGCUGACCGAGCGUUAGCGCUUUGAGCUCCAUGUAAAAUGACAAGCUUAUCUGAACGGGACACGAACGCUGAACUGGACAACAGCUGCUUUGAGCACACAGUGGCUGCAUUCAUUUGUCUGCAGCUGAAGAUGAUGGAACUAGUUGCUUUGCCAUAUCAGAUAGGACUGCUGCAAAAUAAAUAAAUAAAUAAAUACAAAUGUGUGUCCCUUUUCGAUCUUAGUGACCUUUUGGAUGUAUUUGUUUACUCAAAUAAAAGUGUGUUUGUUCAGACGUUGGAUAUUUAAACUUUCACUAAUGAAUUUAGCUAAUUAAGAUCUACUGUCUCUAGGAUAAACACAUUUGCCUAUGAUCAAAUCCAGUGAAGCGAGCGCUCUGUUGUCCACUGCUUCUCUUCUCACCCUUGUUUUUGUGGAUUUUUUUUUUUUUUUGUAACUUUGUGUUACGUUUAUGUUAAGCGAUGGCUCUCUGCAACAGGCUGGCAUUGUAAUGUGGAUCUACAGUGAAAAUAGCUGAAAUAUCCAGUAAACUCAUCUGCAUGUCAUGAUUUCACUGCACUCUACGUUACAUUUUAUGACAUUGGAAUACUUUUAUGACAUUGGUUAAUUUAUUGGGGUUGGGUUUGGGGUAAUCAUCCCUGGUUGGCUUGCAAUAUAGCAAGUCAACAAUUUUCUGUCAAAAAAUAUUUGAAAUUGUUAAUGAGCAGAGACAAUCCGGUUUUUCCUCUCAAUGGGGAAGGAAAACCCGCCGUUGUUUUGCCGUUUUCACUUAAGAAGCUUCUGGAUCCACUUUAUUACUACUGUACAGUAUGAAAACUAAGUAUUGACUGAUUCAUAAAGAGAUGAAAAUGAUCUUUAGGACAGUGAACCACUCACUGUGUUCACGCUGACCGUGCAAGUUCCUGCAGCAAACAGCUGAGGACUUCCUCAGAGCCUGGCUUACAGGGUGGAUGCUUUUUAAUUAGAACAGUCUCAUUUUUAGUCACAGAAGGGCAGUGCAUUUCUGUUUUUAUCAGUGCUUUGUUUUGAGUUGCUGUGCAAUUCAGCCUUUAGAGAGCAGUUAGUCAACUACACUGGCCAAUAUAGACCUCUUGUAAUUAGAUUCCAAGUCAUGAGCUUUUGUACACAUAAACAGUGACCAAAAUAAUAGAAGGACCUGUAUGAAAUGUUGCUUAUUGUAUAUCUUGCUCUUCCAACUAAUUUGUUACUGUCUGUCUGGAGCCUAAUAAACUUUCAAUCAUGCA